AUGGCGGCGGCCCCGGCGGGUACGGCGGGCGGGGACCGCGACCGGGGGAACGGCACCGGGAUCGGGAACCGGGACCGGGGGUGGCGGGGCAGGGCCGCACUAAUGGGUUUCUUCUCCUCAUUUCUCCCCGCAGAGGCGGAGACCCGGCAGCGGCUGCUGCGCACCGUCAAGAAGGAGGUGAAGCAGAUCAUGGAGGAGGCUGUGACGAGGAAGUUUGUGCAUGAGGACAGCAGCCACAUCAUCUCCUUCUGUGCUGCUGUGGAAUGCUGUGUGCUGUUCGGGCUGAAGCGCAGGGCGGCCGGCUUCCUGCGCAGCAACAAGAUCGCAGCGCUCUUCAUGAAGGUGGGCAAGAGCUUCCCGCUGGCAGAGGAGCUCUGCAGGAAGGUGCAGGACCUGGAGCAGCUCAUUGAGAACGCGCGAAACCAAGCCCAGGGGGUCCCGGAGAACGUGCGCAAGGUGCCCAAGAUGCCCAACCUGUCUCCUCAGGCCAUCAAACACCUCUGGAUCCGCACAGCCCUCUUCGAAAAGGUGCUGGAUAAAAUCGUGCACUACCUGGUGGAGAACAGCAGUAAGUACUAUGAGAAGGAAGCUCUCCUGAUGGAUCCUGUGGAUGGGCCAAUUCUUGCAUCUUUAUUGGUGGGGCCCUGUGCACUGGAAUACACGAAGAUGAAGACUGCUGACCACUUCUGGACAGACCCCUCUGCAGAUGAGCUGGUGCAGAGGCACCGGAUCCACAGCUCCCACUGCCGCCAGGACUCACCCACCAAGCGCCCAGCACUCUGUAUUCAGAAAAGACAUUCCAGUGGCAGCAUGGAUGACAGGCCAUCCCUGUCUGCCAGGGACUACGUGGAGUCCCUGCACCAGAAUUCCCGAGCCACGCUCCUGUACGGCAAGAACAACGUCCUGGUGCAGCCGAGAGAUGACAUGGAAGCAAUCCCGGGAUAUCUGUCCCUUCACCAGACUGCUGACAUCAUGGCACUCAAGUGGACCCCCAACCAGCUGAUGAAUGGCUCUGUGGGGGACCUGGACUACGAGAAGAGCGUGUACUGGGACUAUGCCAUGACCAUUCGCCUGGAGGAGAUCGUGUACCUGCACUGUCACCAGCAAGUAGACAGUGGUGGCACGGUUGUCCUGGUGAGCCAGGAUGGCAUCCAGAGGCCACCUCUGCGCUUCCCCCGUGGAGGACACUUGCUGCAGUUCCUGUCCUGCCUGGAGAAUGGCCUCCUGCCCCACGGGCAGCUGGAUCCACCCCUCUGGUCACAGCGGGGAAAGGGAAAGGUGUUUCCCAAACUGAGGAAGCGAAGCCCCCAGGGCUCCUCCGAGUCUGCAUCCGACAAGGAAGAUGACGAAGCCACGGAUUAUGUCUUCAGGAUCAUCUACCCCGGGACACAGGCAGAGUUUGUUGCCAUUAAUGGUGCUUUUCACCCAUUCAUUGCACCUGUGACUGCUGGGAGAGGGAAGAUCCUGAAGAUUCCAGCUGGAAGCAGGAUGGUGGUGAUCCCUAAGUGGUGUCUGAGUCUCCCUGGCACAUCCCGAGCUCUCCGUGCUGCUCUGGCCACCUCUUGGCAUCAGAUGCCCCAGGACCUGAUGGACCCUCCAGGGGCUGUCCUGCCCCCCAUGUGGCAGCCCAGCACCCGCAAAUCCUCCUGCUCCUCCUGCUCCCAGAGCGGCUCCUCCGACGGGGGCCCGGCCAAUGGCUGCAGCCACGAGAGAGCUCCCCUGAAGCUGCUGUGUGACAACAUGAAGUACCAGAUCCUGUCCCGGGCUUUCUAUGGAUGGCUGGCCUAUUGCAGACACCUGUCCACGGUGAGAACUCACCUGUCAGCGCUGGUGAACCACAACAUCGUGUCCCCCGACGUGCCCUGCAGCGCCAGCGCGGGGCUCACCGUGGACAUCUGGCACAGAUACCUGCAGGACAGCUCGAGUUACGAGGACCAGGAGCUGCUGAGGCUGAUCUACUACGGUGGCAUCCAGCACGAGAUCAGGAAGGCUGUGUGGCCCUUCCUGCUGGGCCAUUACCAGUUUGGGAUGACGGAGGCAGAGAGGAAGGAGGCUGACGAGCAGACCCGGGCGUGCUAUGAGCACACGAUGGCAGAGUGGCUGGGCUGCGAGGCCAUCGUCCGGCAGCGCGAGAAGGAGUCCCACGCUGCAGCCCUGGCCAAGUGCUCCUCGGGGGCCAGCCUGGACUCCCACAUCCAGAGGAUGAUGCACAGGGACUCCACCAUCAGCAACGAGUCCUCGCAGAGCUGCAGCUCUGGCCGGCAGAACCACGCCCGGCUGCAGAGUGACUCCAGCUCCAGCACCCAGGUGUUUGAAUCUGUGGAUGAGGUGGAACAGACUGAAGUAGAUUCUCAGAUGGAAGAUGGCAAACAAAGCAAGAUCCCCAAUGGGACAGUCCCCAAUGGCACGUGUUCCCCUGAUUCUGGACACCCCUCUUCCCAAAACUUCUCCAUCACAUCGGGCUUCUCAGAGCGCAGCUUCAGCAACGAGGACAGUGCCCUGGAAACCACCAAAUCCUCCUCCAGCUCCCAGGGAAAGGCUGCAGGGUCUGAUGUGCCUGCCCCACCAGACACAGAUGGUGUCCAGCAGGAGAAGCUGCAAGGCCAAGACAGCCUGGAAGGUGAAUUUCCCCCUGGUGGAAGCGUGGACUUUGUCCCCAUGGGUGAGGGCUCGGCGGGGCUGCUGCGUGACAGUGACACUGUGGCCCUGACUGUGGUGGAGAGCUGGACAGACAGCCAGGCUGAGAAGCAGAGCCUGGUGGAGAGCGAGGACAACCUCUCUGAGGAGCCAGAGAUGGAGAGUCUGUACCCACAGCUGGACUCUCUGACUGUCACUGAUCUGACCAGCACUGAACCAGCUGCUCUCUCCUCCACGGGUGUCACCUACUCUCCAGAGCUGCUGGACAUGUACACGGUGAACCUGCACCGCAUUGAGAAGGACGUGCAGCGCUGUGACCGCAACUACUGGUACUUCACUCCUGCCAACCUGGAGAAGCUCCGCAAUGUCAUGUGCAGCUACAUCUGGCAGCACAUUGAGAUUGGCUACGUGCAGGGGAUGUGUGACCUGCUGGCCCCUCUCCUGGUCAUCCUGGAUGAUGAGGCUCUGGCUUUCAGCUGCUUCACUGAGCUGAUGAAGAGGAUGAACCAGAACUUCCCCCACGGAGGAGCCAUGGACACCCACUUUGCCAACAUGAGGUCGCUGAUCCAGAUUCUGGACUCUGAGCUCUUUGAGCUGAUGCACCAGAAUGGAGAUUACACUCAUUUCUACUUCUGCUACCGAUGGUUUCUCCUGGACUUCAAGAGAGAGCUGGUGUAUGAUGAUGUCUUUGCUGUCUGGGAAACCAUCUGGGCUGCUGCUCACGUCUCCUCUGCUCACUACGUGCUCUUCAUAGCCCUGGCCCUGGUGGAGAUGUACCGGGACAUCAUCCUGGAGAACAACAUGGAUUUUACAGACAUCAUCAAGUUUUUCAAUGAAAUGGCCGAGCGCCACAACACCAAACAGAUCCUGAAGCUGGCUCGGGACCUGGUCUAUAAAGUGCAGACUCUGAUCGAGAACAAAUGAAGGGCCCAGGGCAGAUGAGGCACCCAAAGAGCCAGGACUCCCCUCUGAUGCUUCCUCCCUUCUCCUGUUUCUCCAAGUGCCACACCUGUGGGACUCAGGUGGGGGGACACGUGCUGCUGUGUGAGCUGGGAGUCCCCUGGGCUCAGCACAGACCUUCUGCAGUGACUCGACCAAAGAUCCCUCCAGGUGUGUUCCUGUGCCACGAGCAGGACCAGGCAGUGGCUUCCUGGCCACCAAAACUGCCCAGGCAUUGCCACAUCCCAGGGUGGAGCUCAGAGGCUGGGGCAGCAGAGUUUGGUGGCACAGAGGGAAAGCUGCUUCCUUGGAAAGCUGCUUCCUUGGGCAGCCCUUCCCUGUGGUGUGGGAAGGCAGCCAGCCCUGCCAGCCUGGGCAGCACAGGGAUGCUGCCAGUUCUCAGCUUCUCAGCAACACCACAAGGUUCUGCCAGUAAUGGGGGGGACUUUGAUCACAGAAAUUCCUCUUUUGAUCUUGUCCCUCAAUGCGUUGCUUCCCCUUCAGGGUUUUCUUUUCUUAGGGCUCUGUUUUCUCCCUGGGAUUUUUACAUUGUUCCUACAAUAUCAGAGCACACAAGAGCUUCGUGUCUGGAUGGAUUUUCAGAACAGCUCCAAAUUCAGCAUUGAGGUUAUUUUUCAAAAUCCAGCCUCUCUAAUGUUCUCUGAACGCUGGGAAAUCUGGUCCUGACCUCCUCUGGGAACUCCAGGCUGGAGAUUUUCUUACCUGCCUUACUUUAGCUGCUUGUGUAGGAGUCUGGUCUCCUUGUUGUUCCUCUGAGCUCUUGUGAGGGAAGGGCUCCUCAGGAGGCAAGUCAGAGCUCCUGAUUAUCCUGACUUUCCCUCUGACAGCUCUAGGGCUGGCUAUUGAGUCCCCUAAACCCACUGAGCAUCUCCAGUUAGGUCUUGGUGGGCUUCUCCCACAGGCCUGUGAGAGGAAAAUAGCCCAAGGUCCCUGAGUGGUCUUUGCUUUGGGAAGAUGCAUUUGUGUGGCCACUUUUCCUGCACAGCCUGGAGCCCACUGCAUGAAGUGCCUCUCCAGCUGCUGUGUCCCACACAGGCUGCCCUGCAGAGGCUUCAGAGUCAUUUUUCAACUCAGGUAAAAACAAUACAAGAAAAGGAGAGGGGGUGGGUGGAUGGAGGGUCCAGCCCAGCCGGGGAGGGCAGUGCUGGGCUGGAGCUCUCUCUGAGGGUUCUUUCUCUCAAGUUUUGCUGCAAACAUUUGUGUUCCCCCCCCCCCGGUGCAAUGUGUGCUGUGUGUGUGCUCUCCUCUGGCCCUGCUCCUGCCUUGCUGCUGGAGUGCUCCCAUGGGAGGGAAAGGAGCUUUUCCUCCUCCCAGGGAACAUCUGUCUGUGCUGGUUUGUGUUGGCUCGUGGCUCGUGUCAGAUGUUGCUGGCAGAAAAAAGGUGGUUGUCAGUCUGCAGCAGAGAAAACUGCUGCUUCAGGGAAGGUCUGAGCAGCACAGUGGAGUGGUUUGCUGUUUCUGAGCAAAUCAGCAAUUUCUGUAUUCUGGGACAUGGAGGUCACAGCUGGAAAAGGCCAGUGGCACAUCCUGAACCCUUUGGGGAAGGGGCUGGGGCAGGGGGAGAGCAAUGGCAACCCUUCAAUCCUCAUAAUCCCAACAGACGUCUACAACAGUCUGGGAAAUUUUCUGAAGCCCAAAGGGUGCUGGGCUGCAGUAGCACAGGAAACAAAGAGCUUGAGAUCUGCCAGUUCCUGUGAGAAUCUUUCACCUUUCCACCAAGCAGAGUGAAAAGCUCGUGUGUCCUCCCUCCUUCCCGGGCUGCUCCUGUUCCCUCAGGGUUCUAGGACAGAUCUGUCACCUGUCCUAGAGGGAAAGGAAAAUGCUCUGUUCUCCCUUUCCUGAGGGACAGGGACCCACAGCUCACCUGAAACACCACCUGACCAAGCAACGUCGCUGACACUAAACCUUUCAAGCUUCUUUCCUUGGUUUUUAAACAAAAACAGCCAAGAAAUUCUGCACAAUAUUUGCUGUCUGUAUUAACUGAGAGUGUCUUUGGGCCGCUCAAUAGCAGUGUUUUUUGAAUAAUUUUUUUUUUUUGGGGGGG